AUGUUAAGAUACCAUAUGCAAGGAUAUAGUGGGUAUGGAGUCCAAUAUUCCCCAUUCUUUGAUAACAAGUUGGCCGUAGCUUCAGGUUCCAAUUUCGGCUUAGUUGGGAAUGGGAAAUUAUUCAUCUUAGAUAUCGACAAUCAAGGGAGGAUGUUGGAGACAAAAGCAUACCUAACUCAAGAUGGAUUAUUCGAUAUUGCAUGGAAUGAGCUGCAUGAGAAUCAGGUCUUGGUUGCGCAAGGUGAUGGUUCAUUGAGACUAUUUGAUAUUCUAUUGAACGAUUACCCUAUAGCUAUAUUCCAAGAGCACGAUAAGGAAGUUCUCAGUUGUAACUGGAACCUUAUCAACAAACACCUCUUCGUGAGCAGCUCUUGGGAUGGCACAGUCAAAGUAUGGUCGCCCGUAAGGCAAUCCAGCAUCACGACAUUGACUCCCAAACCCAAGAAUAUGCAGAAUGCACUUCUCCCCUCGAAGGAUAUACCGAUGUCCAACCAGCAACAACAUAAUUCGCUUUCCAAGAAUAAGAACUGUAUAUACCAGGCGCAAUUUUCGCCACACGACCCUAACUCAAUCAUGAGUUGCUCGGGGAACUCAUACGUUACGCUUUUUGACUUGCGGCAGCCACUUAAUUCCAAUCAAUAUAGCUUCAUGGCGCAUAGUGGCAUGGAGACACUGACUUGUGACUAUAAUAAGUACAGGCCACAUAUCGUAGCUACAGGGGGUGUCGAUAAUAUGAUUAAAGUCUGGGAUCUUCGCAUGGUGCGCAAAAUGAGCACCAAUUCACGACAACCGAUGAGUGUUAACGAGAUCAGUGGUCAUGAUUUGGCCGUAAGAAAGGUUUCAUGGUCGCCGCAUCAUUCUGAUAUGCUACUCUCCACAUCCUACGACAUGACAUGUAAGGUGUGGCAAGAUCUCAGCGUGGAUGGUAGGAGACCUACAGGUAAAACAAACAGCGUUGACCCUGCUAAAGGUUGCCGCUUCAUGUUUCCGCACCAUACGGAGUUUGUAUUUGGUGCUGAUUGGAGUUUGUGGGGACAACCGGGCUACAUCGCCUCUACUGCAUGGGACGGAGACGUUUGUGUUUGGUACGCCUUUGGUAGAUGA